UUGGGCAUACGUAUAGCUGCAGAACUGUCCCUUCUAUUUGCCCUCCGUUGAUAUUUCCUCGGAUUUACAACGGAUACAGGAUGUCAAGAUGGAUCACAUACGCAUCACCGGAAACCGCUGGCAUCACCUAUUGUGAGCAGGGGUUCAUCGACAUACCUCGAUGUAACAAACCAAUCCAGAACGGAUGCCUGCUCACCAUACUCCUACAGUAUCUCCUCGUUUGCUAUUUGGCCAUGUGCGUGUGUACGCCGUUUGAGUACAUGGUUCUGUUCACCAUCAUAGCCAACUGUGUAUGUCUUGCAAUGGAAGUGCACUUGCCAAGCAAAGACAAGCGUCCUCUCUCCGAAAAAUUGGAAAUGACCGAGAAAUACUUUAUGGGUAUUUUUACCUUUGAGGCCUCUCUGAAAAUCAUCGCUCUGGGAUUCAUACUGCACAGCGGGUCAUAUUUACGAAACGUUUGGAAUAUUCUCGACUUCAUUGUUGUUGUAACCGGGCUUGGGCAACCUGGCGGUGACUCAGUCCCCCUGCUGCCUUCUGGUGGCAUGCCAGCUGGACGCCGAAAAAGUGUACAGCUGAACGAUUUGGAUUUUAAACCGUACAGCGAUGACAACCGUGUUUUAGUUGCAUCACUUCGUUUCCUUUGCCUUUCCAAAUUUAUCCCGUGUUCUUCGAUAAAGUUUUUGACCAUGUUUAUGACGUCAGGAAGUGGAGUCAACUUGCGGACACUGCGAGCAGUUCGUGUUCUCCGGCCACUAAAGCUUGUUUCCGGCGUUCCAAGGGCGAGAUGGCCCAAGUGGUUAGAGCGUGAACCUACUGACCGGAAGGUCCGUAGUUCGAACCCGACCUCUGCCUCUCGACUGCCCCUGUCUAGGCUUGGGCAACCUGGCAGUAUCCCAGCCCUCGUGUUUCCUGCGGUUGGCACGAUAUUCGAGAUACUGCAGUAUAUUUUCGUAGAGGAAACUACUCACAAGUUUGCUGAAAACUCUUCGACAGCCCACGAGCGGUUUCGCCGUUCCUGGAGCUCAUCAGGUAGGCGCAGUUCCCGAGUUUCCGUCAACCCUAUGUUGUGCUCCUUUAUGAAAAUCUACUGCGAUAUCUCGAAUAUCGUGCCAACUGAAAUAU